AUGGCACCUUUCUCGUCAUCUUAUAAUAACAAGUACAUUUUGCUGGCAGUAGAUUAUAUUUCUAAAUGGGUGGAAGCUGCAACAACUCCUACUUGUGGUGGUAAGGAGAUACUAAAAUUCCUUCAUAAAAAUAAUUUUACCCGGUUCGGUACUCGAAGAGCAAUUAUUAGUGAUAUAGGAAUUCAUUUCUACAACAAAUCAUUCACUACUCUAUGCGCUCAUUAUGGAGUUCAUCAUCGAAAAGCCUUGUUCUAUCAUCCACUUGCCAAUGGUCAAGUUGAAGUGUCAAACCGGGAGAUUAAGAGUAUUUUAGAGAAGACUGCUUGUCAUUUACUGGUGGAACUUGAGCACCGAGCUUAUUGGGCAGUAAAAAAGCUGAAUGUUGAUCCAUUUAUGGCAGGACAGAAUGGGCUUCUGGAAUUGAAUGAGCUUAUUGAAUUUCGAAAUGAAGUCUAUGAGAAUGUAAAGAUUUAUAAAGAAAAGUCUAUGGAAUUUCAUUAUAAAAGGAUAAUUAGGAAGGAUUUCCAACCGGGAGACAAGGUGUUAUUAUUUAAUUCUCAAUUGAAGCUUUUUUUGGGAAAAUUAAAGUCGAGAUGGUCAGGACCAUUCACAGUUGUUGUCUCAUUGCCUUAUGGAGCGGUGCAGAUUCAUAGUGAGAAGACGAGACACUUUAAGGUGGAUGGUCAGAGAUUGAAGUACUAUUUGGAAGGACCGGUGGAACAAUGGAAGUCUGUGUUGCUUUUGGAUCCCCUUUGA